AUGAAGAGCAUAUUCGCGCGUCUCGCACUCUUUGGCGCCAAUCUACUCCAUCCACGGGGACAGGAUGACAACGCGAUCCUCGCCGCGAGAGGGUUCGACGAUAUCAACGAGGAACCAUAUGAUCUGCCGUGGGGUGGAGGCUUCGUGUUUCCGCGCGAAUACCCGACGACGGUGCAAGUCGGCGAGACCGCCACCCUGAAAUGGAACACCAACUUCACGUCGCAUGUCGUCUACAUCCAUCAGCGACUGGGUAGUAGCCUUAAACUGACAACCGACGCAAAAGGCCAAUCCUACAAAUGGAAAGUCGCACGCAUCACCCAAGAAGACGACCCACAUGAACCCUAUCUCCUUCGCGUCUACGAGUCUAUCGACGGCAAAGCCAACACCAACGGCUUCGCAUUCGACAGUCCUAGUUUCUGGUUCGGGGCCGAUGGCAAGAACGUCACUAUUGUCAAGUCCUCCACGCCUACACCCGAACCCACAGAAUUCGAGUCCACCGUCGUCAUCACCUCAGUCUUCAAGGUUACCCGUUCCAAAUCAAACUCCUCAGCCCCCAUUGCGACAACUGGCGCCAGCAACAACUCUUCGUCGACUCCAGCAACCGCGGGUGCAACGACGACAAGGCCUGUGGCAUCACCGACCGACAAUGACAUCUUCACCCAAGCCCCAGCCGCGACGGGUACUCAGGGAACGGGCGAGCCAGGCGCCGGUGUAAGGAGCGCGGCAGCGGGUUUCCUUUCCAUCGCGCUGAUCCUGCCUGUCGCACUGCUCGUCCUCGUUUAG